GGUCCCGGCUCGCUUCCGAGCGCGAGCUGGUAGGGCGAGCGCGGGAAGCCCCUGGGCGCAGAGCGGCGCGGGGGCCGGAGCGCGGGGUGCGGGGCACACGGGCGCGGGGUCGACUCCCGCGCCCGCACAUGGCUGCAGCCACCCUGCGCGCGCCCCGAGGCACCGCGCCCAGCUCGCCGAAGGUCGGUGCGCUGCACCCGGCCGCCCCAGAGCCAGGAACGGCUGAGCGGGGAGGUGCCCGCGUCCUUGAAUCGGGAUGUCCCUUCUCUUCUUCUUGCUAGUUUCCUACUAUGUUGGAACCUUGGGGACUCACACUGAGAUCAAGAGAGUGGCAGAGGAAAAGGUCACUUUGCCCUGUCACCAUCAGUUGGGGCUCCCAGAAAAAGACACCCUGGAUAUCGAAUGGCUGCUCACUGAUAAUGAAGGGAACCAAAAAGUGGUGAUCACUUACUCCAGCCGUCAUGUCUACAACAACUUGACCGAGGAGCAGAGGGGCAGAGUGGCCUUUGCUUCCAAUUUCCUGGCAGGAGAUGCCUCCCUGCAGAUUGAGCCUCUGAAGCCCAGUGAUGAGGGCCGGUACACCUGCAAGGUGAAGAACUCAGGGCGCUACGUGUGGAGCCACGUCAUCUUAAAAGUACUAGUGAAACCAUCCAAGCCCAAGUGUGAGAUGGAGGGAGAGCUGACAGAGGGAAGUGACCUGACUUUGCAGUGUGAGUCAUCCUCUGGCACAAAGCCCAUUGUGUACUACUGGAAGCGAAUCCGGGAAAAAGAAGGAGAGGAUGAACAUCUACCUCCCAAAUCUAGGAUCGACUAUGACAACCCUGGACGAGUUCUGCUUCAGAAUCUCACCACAUCCUCCUCAGGACUCUACCAGUGCACAGCAGGCAAUGAAGCUGGGAAGGAAAGCUGUGUGGUGCGAGUGACAGUCCAGUAUGUACAAAGCAUCGGCAUGGUUGCAGGAGCAGUGACAGGCAUGGUGGCUGGGGCCCUGCUGAUUUUCCUCUUAGUGUGGCUGCUAAUCCGAAGGAAAGACAAAGAGAGAUAUGAGGAAGAAGACAGACCUAAUGAAAUCCGAGAAGAUGCUGAAGCCCCGAAAGCCCGCCUUGUGAAGCCUAGCUUCUCUUCCUCAGGGUCCCGGAGCUCACGCUCUGGUUCUUCCUCCACUCGCUCCACAGCAAAUAGUGCCUCACGCAGCCAGCGGACACUGUCAACUGAAGCACCCCAGCCAGGGCUGACCACCACUGCAUACAGCCCAGUGGGGCCAGAGGUGAGACGUUCUGAACCAAAGAAAGUCCACCACGCUACCCUGACCAAAGCAGAAGCCACACCCAGCACGAUCUCCAGCCAGAGCAGAGCCUUCCAAACUGUUUGAAUUAGAGUGAACCUGAUUCCCACGCUUUCCUAGGAGUAUGGGAAUUAGGACUCUUCUAAGUCAUCUGAGCUCAGUCACCAGCACACAAGCCCCUCCAACCAGAUGAGAAGUCAUUUAAAUAGCAGUGAGGUUUGCAUGGUAAGAUUCAGAUGAGCACUUUCCUUGUAUGACACCAAACAAGCAAAAGGAUGUAAGCUGAUCAUCUCCAAAGAGGCAUCACAUUGUGCCUUUAGACCAGGGGGAAAGCAAGGGUCCAAAUCCAUCUAUCUGUUGACCAGGACCUAUGGUGAGAAGGUUGGGGAAGGGAAAGUGAACACACUUAAAACUUCUAUCAAUGUUUCUGGAAUGUUUUCUAUAAAUGCUUUGAUUCACCAUUGUCAAGAAGAAAUGGGGGGUUGCUUGUAAAUUUUCUAUGCAUUUCUGCAAACCUAUUGGAUUAUUGUGACUAUUCAGAUUGUCAAGCAGAACCCACAGUCUUCUACUACACCUAUCUGCACCAUAUACUAGGCUUACCACUUCUGAGAAACUUCCUAAAAGGAAACAUGUCUCUUCUAUUCUGACUUGACUUCAUUUGCCAUAAGGUUCGGAUAUUAAUUUCAAGAGAAACUGAAACAGUGGGAGAUAAAGAAUAAUGAUUGAAGUUUCUCCUACUCUAUCCACCACUCAUCUUCCUAUUUUUAUUGAACUCUAAAAGAACUAAAAAAGGAGUCCAAAAUACGUGACAAGGGACUUGAAAAACUUUCCAUCCUAAUGAUGUUCAGAGGAUCACUGAUAAAUAUCAGAAAUACCUACCAGAAUAAUUGUCAAUUUUUUCUCAAACUGGAUGUCUCUAAGGACUUCCUUGCUGGGUAUCUCUAGAGGAAGAAAAUAUGCAUUACAUGUCUUUUAACAAUGUCCUUAGAAAGAGGUCUUCUGGAGAAAAGGAUUUUUAGGGAUGCUCAAAGAUCACCUGAUGUAGCAUCAGAGUCUCUUCUUUCUGACAAGAUGUGAAACCAGAAUUUCAAGCUAGAUUGAACUAGAAAGGAAGAUUAGACCAGUUUUCUCUUAAUGUGUUAAGAGGUGAUACAAUGAAAUUUAGUAUUACAUCAUACUUGGAGCUUCCUCCAUUUCCUUCAUUGUAGGAGAAGGAUGUAAAUCUGGGACUUUUGAUGAUUCUAGGCCUUAAAUUAUCAAAAAGAUCAAGGAUUGGCAAUGUUUCCUAAUGGCACUGAGAGUGUAUAUUAUAACCAAUCCUUCCCGAGAGGUCGAAAUUCAGUAUUUUACCAGCCCCAGCCUUCAAAAAAGUUUAGCUCUGAACUGGAAGAAAAGGGAACUAACAUUCAGGGAAGACAUGGUGAGGUAACCAGUGGGUGGCAGGGGAGGGCUGGGCUGGCACUUGCUAACAUUUCAGUUGUCGGCAUCUUGGAAGGAAUUAGCAGAAGUGAUUCACUAGGAUAGCUUUCUGAAAUGCUGAUGCAUGGGGGAAGAAAGGUGUCAGAGAAACAGAAAGAAAGCAGCAGCCUCCAAUACAAUAAUUUGCCUUUUAAAUAAUUUUGACUACUCUGCUACUUAUGGCACAGAUGCUGAACCUGAAAUAGCCCUGAAGGAUCAAAGCUCAAUUGUCAACAGGUCACCAUUGGUGGCGCAGAACAUUUUUAUUAUGAAAAGGCAGCAUGCUAAUGGAGAGAAAGAGUAAUUCUGAGUAUGGUGAUUGAAGCAUUUUUUUUCCAAAACAGGAAUCAGAUGCUAAUGGGAAAAGGCUGAUCUGAGUUUCUGCUCCACCUCUUUGGUUUUCAUUCCUACAUUAAUUCUCACAAUAGUGCUACACAUAGUACAAAUGUAUUUCUCAAGUUCUUUAAAAUACAGGCUUGUGCUUUUGGGUGCAAAUUUUAAUCUGAGUUUUAUGUUUCUCUCCCCAAAAAUGUGGGAAAUAAGAGACAUUGAGGAAGUAACGUUAAGAAGUUCUACUAUUAGUUUAAUUUUAGAGGGUUGGAACAUUGGGAAAGCUUCUCUUACUAACAUUGCCUCAUUGUAAGAUAUAAAACCCCUUACUCUAACUACAUUUUUAUUUCUCUGGUAGUAUUGUAUCCAGGCAACGUAUUUCUUCUGCUACGUAAUUCUGAGAAGUCUCAUUCCUAGAGUACCUGAGCCAAGCCAAACAAGUGAACUAUGGAGGCUGCAGCUGUAUCACCACUAGCAAUAUGCUCUUAUCAUUACUUACUAUCUUCGAAUAUGAGGCUUCCUGCCUAUGUCUUUAAAAGCAGGAAUCAGUACUCUCUGCACAAGAAGGUGGUUCAGGUUAUUUAAAGAUGUUAGUUAUAAAAAGAUUAAAAUACCAGCUGAAUAUCCAGAUUAUUUUGGAAAUCUGUUCACACUGGAAAUCUAUAACAAAUUCACAAAACAGAUUCCUACCUAAACUGAGAAAUUCUAAGAAAUUGAAGAUUCUGAGAGAUAAAGUGCUGUGGUCUUAGCAAUGAUAACGCACUUCUCUUCGAGUCAGGUGUUUGGGUUCAGAUAUGACAGACUCUGGGCUUAAGAUAAAGCCGUUAUUUGUUUCAAAACACAUUCAAUUAAUGUUGUAAGUCAAAUAAACUUGAUCUUUAAUAUGAAUCAAACCAAAAAUAGAUUAAAAAAAUGGUAGAACAAUCUUUGUAGGAAGAAGCAAAUGGAAUGAUGUUAUGAUGUUGAUGUUUAGAGAAUAACCAUUUCAAUAAAAUAUAUAAAUGAAAAAAUUUGUAAAGUUAUGAAGUCAAUGCCUUUGUUGUUACACUGUAUAAUGUAAUUUCAGAAUUGCUGCUGCAGACUAAACAAUUUUGCUUCAUUUCUGGUGUUAAGCUGUUUAUAUUUCAAUUUUAACUUUAAGUUGUCUUGUAAUUGGGACUGCAUUUGAGCAUCCCAAAAGCCAAAUAUUUAUUCUAGAUACAUCUAUAUCAGCAA